AUGGCACAGUCGUACGACGCGAACGAGGUCCCGGCCGAGGAGACCCCCUGCGUGAACCGCGAGAUCGACAACGCCAAGCUCUACCUGCGAAAGUUCUGCCCCGAAGCUGGGGACACGCUGUACGACCACCUGAGCGAGGUGCUGGGCAAAAUACUAGUGGACCGGCCGAGGAACCCCUUCGCGUCGUUCGACCAGUACAGCAGGAAAUUGCGGGAGGACAAGUUCCGGGCGAAGGACGACCAUUUGCUCGACCUGUACGUGCCCCCGGCUCGGAUCGAGGAGGCCAGGGUGCUCGUCAACGUGUUCAAGGUGAAAAUUUGCAUCUGCCGUAUCAAGGAAACCUUGGCCCUUAAUGAGGACGACUCGGGAGCAGAGGAGGAGGAGUACUCUGAAGGGGCGAGGUGCGCGUCCCCCAACUUGCUCGAGUUGUUUUACCAUUUCGAGCUGGUCGGCAUUGGGCUGCCGCGAGUGGAGGUGGUGCUCUUGAAUUUGAGCCUCCGGACGUUGAUCGCCAACACGAGGAUCGAGGACGCGCGAUUCUGGGGCAAGAUACUCGGCAGAUCGAGGAACUAUUACGUGGUGGAGGCGAGUUUGCCGAGCGACGAAGUAGAGCGCAGGCUACGGCUGCGCGAGGAGGAAGAGCAGAGGACGGGAGGGGACGUGGAAAGAUCGGAGGCUUCCGACUCGCUGCUGGAGGCCAAGUUAUCGGACGAGGGAGUGGAGAAGGCGUGCACCGAGGACAGCGAGACUCUGAAACUCGAGUUGCCUCCCGUGCCGGUGAACACGUGGAGCCCACCGCCAAAAGUGUCCCCGGAAAAACUUGGCACCGGCCUCAACGCCAAGGUAUACUUUGUGUGCAACGCCCCGGGGCUGGAUGACUGGGUGGAAUUACCCCAAGUUUUGCCCGAGCAGAUUGUGCUCGCUCGGCAAAUCGUCCACGCGUUCACCGGGGAAUUGGAAGCAGACAUUCAUACGUUUCCGCCGUUUCCCGGAUGCGAGAAGAAUUAUCUACGUGCCCAGAUAGCGCGCAUCGGCGCUGCCACGCAAGUCUCUCCGAUUGGCUACUACGCUCCGGCCGACGAGGAAGGAGAGGAGGAAGACGGUCGCGAGGAGGACGACGACGAGGAGGAAGAGGCGACCGAGGGCAGCCCCCUCGAGCCCAAUCGUCGCUACCAACCCCUGCCCGCCAAAGAGCUGAUCGAGCCGUCCAACUGGUGUCAUCACGCCCGUCCCAUACUGGAGCAGGGCCGAGAAGUGUGGCUCGAGCCCGGGAAGACGGACGACGCGAGCGACAGGGGCGUGGAGGAGGGCGAGGAGGAGGAGGAGGAGGAGGAGGCCGAGUUCGAGGAGGAGAGCGAGGCUUUGGGGCAGGAGGGGCUCGUGGGGGAGGUCGGGCCGGCUCUGCUGAGGCCGCUGUCGGAGGACGCGGAGUUCACGGCGACACCGGCCUGGUGCGGGCGGCUCUCCUCGGCCGCUGUCCAUCCGGACGCUGCGGCCGCUCUCCUACGCUCCAACGUCUGGCCCGGGGCGUUUGCCUUUGCCGCUGACAAGAAAUUCGGCAACGUGUACAUCGGCUGGGGCCACAAGCGCAGCGCUUACAACUACAGUCCCCCGGUGAUGCCGGAAGUGGAGGAGCAGUACGUGCCGAUCGGCUGUGAGCUCGUCGAGGCCCGGGAUCCGAGUUUCGAGGAGGAAGAGGCUUAUCGCAUCGCCCACUUGCCUCGCGAGGAUGAUGACGCUGAAGAGGAGGAUGAGGUGGAGACCGAAGAGGAGGACGGGGACACCGAGGAGGAGCAACUUUAA